GCAAAUGCAGCAGUAUGGGUCCCACAAAUCGACGCCAACACUGGAAAAAGUGUGACAAGUCUGUGUAUUCAGAAAAGUUUGGAUUUGAUAGAAAAGUUGAAAGAUUGAAGAAUAAUUUGGAACUAAACACGAUGGAAAUUGGUUUGGGUGGACUCGUGAUCAUGGACGUGGAGCAGUCGCAGAGUGUGUCGGCGGCGAUCAUGGCGGCGAUGCUGGACGCCUUCGCGUCGAGCCUCGCACGCAUUCUGGCGGAGACGGCGAAGGAGGAGGUCGAGGCGCUGCUGGGCGUGCCCGGCGAGAUCUCCAGGCUCGAGGCGACGCUCGGCGACCUGCGCGCCGUCCUCUCCGACGCGGAGAGGGCGCGCGACCGCGACGCGGCCGUGGACCGGUGGGUGCGGGAGCUCAGGGACGCCAUGUACGACGCCGACGACAUCCUCGACGAGUGCCAGGCCGCCGCGGGGGGCGAGGCCGCGACGCCCGUUGCCAUGGCGGGCUGCUGCUGCUGCUUCCGCGGCGUCCGCGUCCCUGCCCUCUCCUGCUUCCGCGACCCCGUCCGGGCACGCGAGAUCGGGAAGAGGGUCAGGGCGCUCAACCGGAGGCUGGACGGCAUCGAGAGGAGGAGCUCCCGCUUCGGCUUCGUCUCCCAGACUAGGAUCAUCUCCUCGUCUCCCUCCCCUUGCUGCUCUCGGCGCGCAGAUUCAGGCGACGGCCGCCGCACCGCGCUGGGCCUCAUCCGAUCCGACGUCGUCGGGGAGAAGAUCGCGGAAGACACGAGGAUGCUCGCCGACAUCCUUGUCAGUAAGACGACGGACCUGGACGACGCCGGCGGCGGCUGCAAUCUCAUCCCCACCAUUGCCGUCACCGGCGCCGGCGGCAUAGGCAAGACCACCCUCGCCAGGAUGGUCUUCGGCGACGCCACGGUCCAAGAGAGCUUCGACGCCAGGAUCUGGCUGUUCGUCGGCCGGGACGCCGACGAGGUCACGAUGCUGCGCAGCGCCAUCGCCCAUGCCGCCGGGGCGGCCAGCUGCGAGGGCCUCGCCGUCGCCGGGGACAAGGACCUGCUGGAGCGCGCCCUGCAGCGCGCGGUGACGCACAGGAAGGUCCUGCUGGUGAUGGAUGACGUGUGGAGCGACGCGGCGUGGAACGAGCUGCUCAGGGUCCCGCUUAGCCAUGGCGCCCCGGGGAGCCGGAUCCUGGUGACCACGAGAAACGAUGGCGUUGCUCACAGGAUGAAGGUGAGGUACCUCCACCGUGUUGACAAGCUGCGGCGACAGGAUGCUUGGUCCUUGCUCAAGAAGCAGAUAGUUUUGAACAAGAGUGAUGAAGCUGAAUUGGAUGAGUUGGAGGAUAUUGGGAUGCAAAUUGUGGACAGGUGUGAUGGUUUACCGCUCGCGAUUAAGAUGAUUGGGGGCCUCUUACUUAGUAAGAGCAGAACAAGAGGUGCCUGGAUGGAGGUUUCUAGACAUUCUGCAUGGUGUAAACAUGAAGUGAAUGAUGAAAUUAACAAAGUGGUCUGCUUGAGCUAUGGAGAGUUGCCUUCUCAUUUGAAGCAAUGCUUUGUGUACUGCUCACUUUUCCCACGAGGUGAGGUGAUCGAAUCAAGAACCAUUGUCCGAAUGUGGAUCGCUGAAGGGUUCGUGCAAGAUAGCACGGGUUCAGGAUUGCCAGAGGCUGUAGCAGCUCAGUACUACAAAGAGUUAGUCUUAAGGAACCUUUUGGACCCAAGUGAUGGGUACUAUGAUCAACUAGGAUGCACCAUGCAUGAUGUUGUCCGGUCUUUUGCCCAACAUGUAGCGAAGGACGAGGGAUUGUCCAUUAACGAGAUGCAGAAACAGACCAUAGGUGAUGCACUUGGUACUCUGAAGUUUCGUCGGCUCUGUAUUUCAAACAAGCAAGUCGAGUGGGAUGCUUUACAGAGGCAAGUAUCACUAAGGACGUUGAUACUAUUCAGGAGCAUCGUUACUAAGCACAAGAAUUUCUUGAAUAAUCUUUCUUGCCUUCGGGUGCUACAUCUUGAGGAUGCAAAUCUGAUAGUACUACCAGACUCCAUCUGUCACCUUAAGCAUUUGAGAUACCUAGGUCUCAAAGGCACAUACAUAUCUGCACUCCCUAACCUCAUAGGGAAUUUGAGGUUUCUACAGCACAUUGAUCUCUGUGGUUGCAUAAAUGUGUCUGAACUUCCUGAAAGCAUUGUUCGACUGCGGAAGCUAAGAUCACUGGACAUCAGACACACAAUGGUAUCUUCAGUUCCUAGGGGUUUCGGAAAGCUAGAAAAUUUGGUUGAGAUGUUGGGGUUCCCAACCGAUUUGGAUGACAGUACACAUGAUUGGUGUAGCUUGGAAGAGCUAGGAUCUUUGCCAAAUCUCAGUGCACUACAUUUGGAGGUUCUGGAAAAGGCAACACUUGGCCAAAUGGCAGCAAGAUCAAAGCUCAGCAGCAAGCAGAAUCUCACACAACUGGAGCUGAGAUGCACUAGCAGGAUCAGCGCAAACGGCACCGUGCAAGGUGGUAUCAGCGAGGAGGAUUGCGAGAGAAUCGAGAACGUUUUUGAGCAUCUCCGCCCUCCACCUUCAAUUGACCGUCUUACGAUUGCAGGUUACUUUGGACAUCGGCUACCGCAGUGGAUGGCCACGGCGACCGCCUUUCGGAGCUUGAGGCGGCUGGUGCUAGAAGACUACGCGUGCUGCGACCGGCUGCCCGGUGGCUUGGGCCAACUCCCUUACCUUGACUACCUCUGGAUUGAGCAUGCACCAUCCAUUGAGCAUGUCAGUCAUGAUUUCAUCCUCCCUCCGGUAGGCAUUGCUGUCGAUGGCAACGCACCAUCGACGACGACAACAACAACUAAGACUGAAGGUGCAGGCAUUGCGUUUCCCAAGCUGAAGCGGCUGGGUUUCCAGGGGAUGUUGAGAUGGGCAUCGUGGGACUGGGACGAGCAUGUCCAAGCAAUGCCUGCUCUGGAGUCGCUCACAGUGGAGAACAGCAAACUGAAUCGUCUCCCUCCGGGGCUUGUGUACCACACCAGAGCACUGAAAGCUUUGGUGCUGACGAACGCCGUGAGCCUUGAAUCCGUAGAGAACUUGCAUUCGCUGGUUGAACUUUACCUGGCUGACAACCCAAAGCUAGAGAUGGUUGUAAACUGCUCGAGCUUGACGAAGAUUGAGAUCCUCAGAUGCCCAGAGCUGAAGGCGUUUGACAGGUUGCCUGCAGUCCGGAGCAUCGUUUGGGAGGACUUGGAUGCUGACACGCUCCCGGGGUACUUACAGGAGGCAAAGGUAAAGAGGUUACACAUAAACUGCAACUUGAGCUUGCUCAACCUGAUAUCCUUGCAGGAUGCCAGCUCUGAAGAGUGGAGGAGCGUCCGGCAUGUGCAACAAUUGAAGGUUUUCGGGUUCAAACCACAGAGCGAAACGUCUGAAUGUUACUUCCUUUAUACCAAAGAGCCAUAUCACGUCGAAACAAACAUCUCCAAAGCCUGAACUUCUGCUAGAUGUAUUUGUCAUUUGUCUUGAAAAAGAAUGUUGUAUUACUAUCUGUUUCCUCUACUUUGUUAUUCUCAUUUCUGAUUUGCACGUUCUGUUUACUGCAAUCAGGCUGAUUCUGAAGCUUCAGCAGUCAGCUUAUCGAAUUUCACCAGCUCCAUCUGAAAUGCUUUACAUGCAGAAAA